UAUUAUCUGUUGACAGUUGAGCCGAAAUGAAGCUCAAAUACUUUGUUCUAGCUAACUUAUGCUAAAGGAAGAGGUUUGUGGUGCCUUUGAUUGUAAUAAGGACAACUGUCCUAAUUUUUAAGUUGACCUUUUAAAUGAAGAGAUGGACGAAGAUGAACGGCAGAGGAAACUAGAAGCUGGGAGAGCUAAGAAAUCCUCCAAUAGGCCUCGAAGCCAGUCGCUUGCUAGCUUUCGACAGAAGCGGGCGAAAAGCAGCGGUGCGGGGCAGACGAAAAAGACGCCGAAGGGGAAGGGCCAGACUGUCUCGCAGAAUGACUGCCCGACGAAAGACUGUUGCGUAGAACCAGAAUGUCCAUCAGCCAACAGCACGGAGCUCAACAGCAACACCAGCCAUGAGAAGGAUCAGAACCCCCCCACACUGAAACAAGGCCAAUCCGAUGUAGAAGAGGUUGAUAAUGAGGACCUCACUGCCUUCACAGGCAAAGACCAGCUCAAGCUCUUACAACAGGCUGUGGAGAAACGUAAUGAGAUCAUUGCCAAACUCAGUGCCAAUCUGCAGGAGGCCCUGGCCAGCAAAGACCAGGUUCAGCUGGAGGCUCAGUCACUGGCUGGACAGAUUCAGGCGCUACAGAAACAGCUUCAGCAGACAAGUGUGGAGUUUCUGCGCAUUAAGAAUGUGUCUGCAGCUGAGGUCCCUCAUACUCAUCACCAACAGCAUCAGGAGGGGCACUGUUCCAAAGAUGCAAACUUUAAUCAUAAAGAGGCAUCAUUAGGACAGUUUGGCUGUGGCCUUGCUUCCCAGUCAAGUAUGGAGGGCUCCUGUGCAGACAGCAACACAGAUAUAGACUCUGCUUUGUCCAAACUGAGGGCUGAGCUGCAAGAUGAAAAGGAGAAAAGUCAACAUGCACAUGCUAAACUAGCAGAAGAGCGAAGGAAUCACCACAGUGUGCUCACUGUGCUUGAAGAGGAGUGUAAACAAAGGGAAGCACAACUCCAGACCCAGCUUAGUCAAGUCCAAUCCCAGUGCCUUGAGAUGCAGCAGUACAAAGAAGAAAAGGAGAGGCUGAAUACAGAAGUGCUGGAACUGAGGGAAAGGCUACUUGAGGAGGAGAAAGAUGCAGAGAGGAGAGUCCACGAGGAGGCGUCCAGCUCUGCUCUUCUUCUUCAACAACAGGAGGAGGAGAUGAAGAGGCUCAGAGAGGAGAUGGAAAUAGUCAGGCAGCUGUUAGUGGAGAGGGAAGAACAACUACAGUUCAGAGAACAAGAGGUGAUGAAACUUAAAACCUCUAAGAAUAGACAGAACCAAGCAAAGGCUGUUUUUGCUUGUGAUGACAGUAAUAGUACUGGUGAGGCCAAUCUCGAAAGUGGACCUGAUGUGGACAGCAUGAAUGUAGGGGUACCUGGAGACAUUCUGAUGGAGCGGUACUUGUCUUCAGCUCCUCCUGCAUAUUCACAGUCUUCAGUGGUCAAUGAAAGCUUUGACCAGUGCAAUCAGUGUGACCUUUCUGCAGACUGCAGUUUUGAGUUGAAUAGCGAAAUAUUAGGUGAUGCACCUUUGCUAUCAAUCUCCCAUUGUGCCCGUGAAGAAAGUGGCAGCCUACAUGACAUCUUUAACUCACCCGAGCUGCCUGUGGCAAGCACGUCCAGUCCUCACUCUUUGUCUCAGUGGCUUAAAAACAACAAUACAGGAGAAGUGGAGACAAGUAAAGAUUCAGAGCAUAUUCAGGACACACAUUUGGAAAAAGACCUGCUUUAUCAGCAGUGUCAGGAACUCCAUGAGGAGCUGGUUCUGAAGGACAGGGACUUGAAUGUCCUGAGAGAGGAAGUGACAAAGACUUCUGAAGAGCUAGAGGAAGCCAGGAGCAGGUGGGCCCAAGUAACUGAAGAGCUUAGGCAGGCUCUCUGGGAGCUUGAAGAAGAGAAAGAGAAAAGAAAACAUGUUGAGGAGGAGAUGACUUUGAAAAUUCAUGAACAGGACAACCUCAAGAACAAAUUUAGUGCUUUACUUGAAGAAAAAGAAAAGGAAAAAACAGAGGUGGUGAUAAGAGAGGAAGUGGAGCCAUCUCUGCUUCUCCCAGAAAUGCCUCCAUCAGUAGCAGAGGAGGAUAAACCACUGGGGGAGCUGAGAAAUCAGCAAGUUGCAGAGCAACUUGUGCUCCUGUCUCAUCAAAAACACGAGGAGCUGUUGGCAUCAUCUCUGCAGGACAUAAAGCAGGCUGCAGACUCAGCCAGACACAGCCCAGAGCUUAGAGAUGACAGCCAGCUGCACACAUUACAGGUCCCUUGUGAUACCCUGAUGUCAGAGCUAGAGGAGCUGAAAAUGAAACUUCAAAGUACAACUGCCUUAGUAGGUCAAAGGACUAUGGAGCUGGACACAGCAUUAAAGGAGCAUGAAAUAACCCGAUCGCAGCUCCUAAAUGUUCAGAUGGAGGUGGAGAAGAGCCAGGCCAAUCUUCACAGCACUGAACAAUUGAAGGGUGAACUAGAAUCUGACCUUCUGUGUCUAAGACAAAAUGCUGUCAACCUUGAAGAGACCCUGGCCAAGGUGAUGCAGGAGAAAGAGCAGUACAGGAGGAAAGAGAAGGAAAUGGAUGAACGUAUCAAAAAGAUGGAACAAAUCCUGGAGGAAGAACUUGAACAGUUUGAGAACCUGCUAAAAUCCAAGGAUUUGGAGUUGGCUGAAGAAAGGGAGAAAUGGGAGGUAGAAGUACAGGAGAAGGAAAAAGAGCUGUGUGAUGUGAGGCAUCUUCUGAAACAGCAGAAGAAAGAGCAAGAAGAAGAGCUUAAGGCUGUACUAGAGAGACAGGUCCAGGUGGUGGAGGAAGCCACAGAGAAACUCAAGAAGUCUUACCAACAGGACAUCAAAGAGCUGAGUGAGAAACAUCAACAAGAGAUUUCUGAGGUAAAGAGCCACUUUAAAACACAGCUGCUGGAGCAGAAAAUCACUUUGGAAGAAGAACAGAGAAGACAGAUGAACCUAAUUAAACAGGUGACUGAACGUGAGCAUGAGAGGAUGACGGCUGAGCUGAGUGCCAAACAUAAAGAGGAGUUUAGUCAGCUGAGCGCAGAGCUGAAAGAGAGCAUGGAGGCUGCACACCAAGCUGAACUUCAACAGGCACAGGCCCAAAAGGUGAUAGAGCUUGAAGCUCUGCGUCUGAGCCUGACCAGCAUCCACAUGUCCCAGCUGGAGCUCUCUCAGGUCAACCUCCAACAGCAGCAAGAGGCUGCUCUCUCUAAGAUCCAGGCCUCUGUGAACGAAACAUUUGCCCAGGAGUGUGCCCCCUUGCAGGCUCAGCAUCAGAUAGACCUGGAUCAGAUCCAACGGGAAAACAAGGGGGAGCAGAAGAUAUUGUGUGAGCUGCACCAGAAAGACAUGGAUGAGUUGAAGCAGCAGCUGGAGAGUUGUGUUACUCAGGAGAGGGCAUCCAUGGAGGAAAAACAAGCUCAACACACACAGUCUCCAGUGUCACAGUUUGAAAAAGAUGCUGAAAUCAUCCGGUCAGACCACCAGAUAUCUCUAACAGAGAUGCAGAAGAGCCUUACUAACAUGCAGACAGAACUAACAAAUACUCAAACCUCCUUAAACCAGACUAAUAAAGCUUUAACUGAGGCCCAGGCAGCUUUGUCCCAGACGCAGUCAGAGCUCCAAGAGUCACGUGAAAGGCUAGAGGAUGUCCAGAACUCCAGUAAGGAGCAGAAGCAGAAACUGGAGGAAGAGCUGAAACAGGCCUGGGCUGACAGAGAGUCUGCUGCUUGUGCUCUAGAGGAGUUGGUUUCUAGUCAUAAAGCAGUAAUGCAGGAGAAAGAGCAACAAGUGCUCCAUCUACAGGAGAAGGAGAAACAGCUGCAGCAAGAGGUGUUGCACCUACAGGAGGAGAAGGUUUUGCUGAAACAAAGCUCUGAAGAGGAAGUAGGUCAGCUGUGGACACAACUGGAGGGCAUGAGGGCCAGUCGUCAAGAGCUGGGAGAGCUGAAGGAGCAGCUGCUGGCUCGCUCAUCUCGGGUUGAUGACAUUGAGCGCCUGAAGGCCGAGUUUAAUGAACAAAAGCGGCAAAUCAAAGAGCAAAAUGAAGUUGAGCUGGAAAGCCUAAGGAGGUACUUUGAGCAGCGACUGCGAACCACUGAGGAGAGCUACAGAGAGGAGAUAGUUCUGCUGCAGCUGAAGCUGGUGGAGGACGCUUUGGAAGAGUCUGUAAUGAAAACCACAAGAGACAGUUCAUUUUCUCCAGGUCCUACUGAAGAUGGAAAAGAUAAUGUUCUCUCUGACAGUAAUGUCCAACUAGAGAACCAUGAGGAAAGGUUUGAUUCUUUACGUCACCAGCUGGAGGAGGAACACACAAAGGAGCUGGCCAGUAUUAGAACUUCUAUGGCUUUGUCCUUUAAGGAAGAGCUGCAACAGGUGCGAUCAGACCUCACAGACCACUACUAUGAAGAACUACAGGAGUUGAAGACUCGUCAUGCCCUGGAGUUAGAGCAACUCCGAGCUAAACUUUCUGAUAGUCAUUUGAAAGAACUAACCAGAAUCCGUUUAGAGGCAGCAACACAGGCUGAGAUGGAGGUUGAACAGAAGAUGUGGUGUCACACUGAGGAACUGCAGGCAAAAAUUACCUUAAUCCACAAUCUGGAGAACAGACUGUCUGCACUGAGUAAACAGCAUGAGGCAGAGAUGCAGAGCACACAGAAGAUAAAACAAGAGUUUGCUGCUGAGCUUGCUCGUCAUGGGGACACCCUGCAACAGGAGAGAGGCCAUGUGCAAGGUCAGAUGAAGAGGAUGAGAGAAGAGCUCCAACAGAAACAUGAAGCUGAGCUCUCUGCCCUUAGAGCAGAGCUAGAGAAACAAGCUGAGGAUGAGAGGACAUGUCUUGAAAAAGCACUGGAAGAAGAGAAGGAGAAGUUAAAGUCACUGCAGGCUGCACUGGACAAAAAUGACAGCCCACAGGUGCUCUUAGUGAGGCAGAACCUGGAGGAUCAGUACAACAGUGAGCUGCAAAGGGCAAAGAGCAACAUGGCAUCUGAGGUCGAAGAGCUCACUGCUCUUCUCCAAAAGCAGAAUGUGGAGCAGCUGCAGAAAGCACAACAGAGGUUUGAAGAGGAAAAAACUGUGUUGGAGCAGAAUUUGGCCCAGAAAUAUGAAAUGUCUUUGGCAGAGUUAAAAGACAAAUAUGAAACUGAGCAGGAAUAUGAUAGAAAAGCACUACUGACCAAACACUCUCAUGAGAUGGACUCACUCAAUGACAAACACAAUGCACAAGUUGAAUCACUCUGUGCCAGUCACAGACAUCAGCUUACAGCGAUGGAAGCUGAGCUCAGAUCUAAACACAGUGCUGAGCUCAUUACUUUGGAAGCAGCACUCCAUUCCAAACAAAAAUUAGACCUUCAGAGUCUGGAAGCCAUUUUUCAGGAAACCAGCCAGGCUCAGCUCGAGGCUCAAGAGGCUCAGUUAGAACAUAAACACCAGGAAGAGAAGGAUGAACUGGAAAAGAGGAUGCUGGGUAAUAUGGACACUCUGGAGGCCACAUAUCUCAAAGAAGUGCAAACUCUGCGGGAUGAAAUGAUGCAGCUUGAAGAGAGACAUCAACAAGAUCUGAGUCGGCAGAAAUCUGAGCAUCAGCAUAUAUUGGAGCGUUCCCUUGCAGAUCAACAGUUGAUCAGGGAGGAACUGAGGAAAGAGCUGGCUCAGAUGCACAUGGACAAGUUUAGUGCCAUGGCUGCUGAGCUCAACCAUGUUCACAAGACUGAGCUGUCUGCUCAAAAAGAAGCCUUAGACGCUGAACACUGCAAAGCCUUGGAGACACUUAAGAAACAGGUUUUGGAGUUGGAGCAACAACACAGUGCUGCUCUCCAAGAGCUGACGCAAACCUACAUGAUGGAGAAACAGCAGAUUGUUGAACAGCACACAUUUCAGCUUCAGGAGCUAAAGGGGAUAUCUGCACGGGAACUGGAGGCAUGUCGCAGGGAACUUGUAGAAGAGUCAUCAAGGCAACGGCAGCACUUCCUAGAGGAGGUGGAACUCCUCAAAGUUCAGUCAGAGGAGAGGGUCCAGGACAGGAUCAACCAACUGAAGACGGAGUUUGAAGAGCAGAAGGAGGCAGAGCUUGAGGAUCUAAGGCGGAGCGUUACAUCUGAACAGGAGGAGAAGGAACGCAGCUACACAGGCAAAAUGAGCCAGCUGACUGCACAGCUGCAGCAGCUGGAUGCUGUCGUGACCCAGUUGCGAGCAGAGGUUGGCUGUCUGCAGGGAGAGCUGGAAGGUAAACGUGCAGAGAUGGAGACCCUCGACACUCUACUCCAACGACGAGAGCGAGAGAUUCAGGAGGGGGGCAACCUCCUCAAGAUGCUCACUGAUGACCUGCAGACUGCUAAAGAAGAGAGAUGUCAUUUGGUCCAGGCCAACAAUAAAUUGAAGAAGGUGCUGAUUGAUGUGCUGCGCAGCACCAUUGCAACAGAGGAGCUGAUUGGCAAAAAAAUCAAUGGCCAAAACAAACUACCAACAGCUCAUCAAAAGAGUUCAACAGGGAACAAAGAUGCACAAGAUUCAGUAGCAGAUGUUUCUUUAGAGGACCUGGAGCUGACUCAUCUGCUCUGCGAGAGUCUGUUGGUUUCAGACACUCAGAUCAAUCCUGGAGGAGAGGAAGCUGCUCUGAACGCCUGCAGCAGACUGCGUCACACAGUGGACACACUGCUGGAACUGCUCAACCAGGCCAACUCGCAGCUGGAACAGACUCAUAACAUGCAUCUGUCUCUGGAGGAGAAGUUCAGUCAAGGCAGGGAAGACUCCACCCAACUCAUUGCACAGCACAAGCUCCUACUGGAGCAGCUCGACCAAGAGGCCAAGCAGAAGAGUCAACUCCAGCUGGAACUCCACAAGGCAGAGGGACUUGUAGAGGGCCAUGUGGCUGAAAAAGCAAUCCUUGAAGAGUCUCUGCAGCAGAAAGAGGCCCAAGAGGAGAGACUAGUAGAGGAACUGGAGGCCCUUAAAGCCAAGCUACUCCAGAUGCAAGGCCUUAGUGCAGAGAUGGACAGCCUCAGACAAAAGCAUCAGGAGCUCAAUGAGGAGCACAUGAUCCUCCUACGCCAGAAAGAGCAUCUCUCUACUGAUCUGGGGGAGAGAGAAAAGGCUCUGCUGGCAGAGACAGAGCGUCUGGCCCAGGACAGACUGGAUGUGCAGCGACAGGCAGAGAAGGACCACAGCACACUGUCGUUACGCCUCAGGGCUCUGGAGAGAGAACUCGAGGAGCAAGAAGCCAAAGGCCUUGAGAUGGAGCUGCACCACAAGGCCCAUGCUGAAGACCUCCACCAGCGGGUCCAAGCACUCGAGAAGCAGCUGAAACACAAUCGACAGUUUAUAGAGGAACAAGCUGUGGAGCGGGAACAUGAGAGAGAUGAGUUCCAGCAUGAGAUCCGAAUACUGGAGGCCCAGCUCAGGCAGACGGCCUACGUGGAUAACAAAGGACACAGGUUUGAAGACUUGGUUGCACAGGUGGAGAGUCUUCAAUCUAUGAUCAAAGACAAAACAGAGGAAUACACAGCCCUGCUUGCAAACAAUCAGCAAGCUCAGUCUGAUCUCAAAGAACGGAAUGAGGAGAUCGAUAAGUUAGCUGGGAGAAUCCGAGAGCUUGAACAAGCACUGCUCACCAGUGCAGAAAACAGUAGAUCUGUCAGUCAACUGGAACAAGAACUGCACAAAGCAAAGCUGAGAGAGCAGGAGCUCACACAAGACAAGCAGGCACUGGAGCAGCAGCAGCUGUCCAACAGGCUUCAGAUCUCUGCCCUGCAGUCCAAACUGGAUGAGACUAGGCAUUGCUACCAUGACAACACCCAUGACCACACUAAGGAGCUUAGGGAUGCCCUGGACACUGCUCAGCAGACUCUACAGAGUAAAGAGCAAGAGGUGGAGACACUGCUUGGCCAACUGGAAAAUGUACAGAGGGAUAUGGGCAUCAAAGAUGUUGAGCUGAAACACCUCACCCUUCAGCUGGAGCUACUUGGCAAUCAGAAUACAGCUCACAUGAAUGAACUCCAAGAACAGAUUGCUGUCCUCAAGGAAAAGGUGUCUGCCCUCACAAUUUAUGAGGAGGAAGGAGGAAAAAGAGAGGUGGAUGAUGCAGAUGAAGAGACCCUUCCCUCAGCUUUGCUUCAGGAGAAAAACCAGGAGAUCGACCACCUCAACAGUGAGAUCCAAAGGCUGGAGCAAGAGUUAGAGAGCGCCAGCGGAAACAAGACAAAGGCUUUGGAGGCUGAACUUGAGGAUUUGCACUCACAGGUAGAACAUCUCCAGUCUGAAAUUAUACGAGUUCGCCAGGACAAAUGUGAGGAAGAGGAGCGGCUUCAUGAGGUCAUCAGCACACUACAGGCUGAACUGGCUACUCUGGGUCCUAAUGUGCAUGAAGUUAGUGACUCCCAGGAUGGUGACAGCAUCAAUCCAUCACCUGCUCCGAGCCCUGAACCUCAAAACUACACAAUCCAAGAACGUGAAAGAAGAGGGAGACCACAGAGCCUGAAGCAAGAGCUCAGUCUGACUCACUCUGCCUCAUCUCGUUCCCUUCGAUCUCGUCUGAAGGCUCUUCAGAGUCAACUGGAGACCGUUGUUGCAGAGAAAGAAGGACUGGAGCGAUUACUCUUCACACAGGAGGAAGAGUACAAAGGACAUGCUGAGGAGUUUGGAAAGAAGCUCAAAGCUGAGAGGGAGAGGGCAGACGAAGUUCAGAGUCUCCUCAGCCUCAAAGAAGCUGAACUAGAGGAGGUCAAGGCUAAGGUAGAAGAAGAGAGGGAGAAAUGGGAAAGGACUGAACAGGAGAUGAAUGAAUACAAAGUUCAAGCUCAAGAAGUAGCUUCCCUACAUAAGGAAAAAACCCAGCUCAAUUCUUUGGUUGUGGAACUUCAAAACAAAGAACAAGAGAGGGUGACAGAGAUAGAGAUUCUGAAAACAAAUGAGCAGGACAUCAAAAUGGAAAUGGAAAUUGUCCGAGACAGCAGUCUGACUUUGGAGAGACAGGUCCAAGAGAUAAAGGCUGAGGUGGGACACCUGGAGGAACUGGUUGCAAAGGAAACGACAAAGGUGAAAACCUUGGAGACAGCAAAAGGAGAACUCUCUGCUGAACGUGAGGCACUGAGGAGGAGGGAGGGGCAGCUCCAGGAGGAAAUCCAAAGGCUCAAUCAGGAAGUGGUGUCAAUGAGAGGCCGUAUCCAAGAGCUCACAACUCUGCUCAGUGAGAGGGAAGCCAGUCAAGAAGAGACUCAAAAGGAGGUGCUGACUCAUGCUGAGGUAACCUUGGCAAAAGCAGACGCUGUUUUAAGACAGAAGGAUGCAGAGAUAGUCAGACUGGGGGCAGAGCAUCAAGCUCUGAGGGAGGAGCUCUCUGCUGUCAAACAACGGCUCAGUACCAGCACAGACAGAGUUGAAAAACUCCAUGAGGACACCCAGGCCAAAGAGUGUGUCUUGGCUGACCUGGAGUCUGAUAACCAGCGACUAAAGGCAGAGCUCCAAGGUUUACAGGAAGACCUGGCUGUACAACAAGAACAGCUGGCCUGUCAGAAACAAGAACUACAGCAGCUCAGACAACACUGUCAUCAUCUGGACAGACUUCCUCACCACCAAGGAUACACACUGAAAGAUUCUUCUCACAGAGCUUUUGAGGAUGCAGUAAAUGUCUCUCGAGACGAGGCCUCCCUGAGUUCUCCAGAGGUUCUGAGGAGACUGGAAUGCUCCGAAGACAGAAUACCAGAACGGCUCCACACAUCGGUCCUUGGCUCUCGUCUGUCUGAGCUCAGCACUUUGAACAGCACAGGCCUGGAUCUGCGACAGGUCAAACCUUCUCCCAGAGUCUUAAUGGAGCCACCUUGUUCCAGGACCCUCACCCCAGAACCAGCCACUCAGAGCACCCGCUCCCCAGGCUCAAUGUCCGACAACUUCUCUGUGCUCGACUCCCUGGACACUGACAAAGAGUUGGAGGGACUUGACCAAACAGCCCCUCCAUCUCCAAUCGGAUCCACCUCUUCCUUGUCAGCACCAGAAUGGGCCAGUGAUGGCUAUGGCAGCAAUGUGAGUUCAGAACUGGGUGCUCGGCUCAGAGUGGAGCUGGAACAGACAGAGAGGCUGGACGCCCAAUUUGUUGAGUACCUUCGCUGUCGAGGCAUGAACCCCACUGUUAACACAGACAGUGCCGCAGGCAGUAUGAGUUACAGUGAUGACUUGUUGUUACCUGAGCUUCAGGCACUGUUGAGGAAAGUGCAUCAGGAAAGCUGCAGAAUUCUAACUUUGUCUCAGUGUCGAGCCACUUCUUCAACUCUACCUCAUGUCUCAGAUGUGAGGGGCCUUUCGCUGAGUCACCCUCAGCAUCGUUCUGAAGAUUGCUCUACCUUCAUGGACCGUCAGGAUAAAUGCUCCUCCAACCCUCCUAUGAGCUGGCAACAAGAGAAGAGGGCACUGCAGGAAACUGUGAUUGCUCUUCGAGAGCUGCUCUGUCGAAUGGCACAGAGGCACACUCAGAUUGAUGACAGAGGGAAUGAGGACUGGCAAAGGAACCAGACUGAAACUGAAUUUCAACUGAGAACGGAACUGGAGGAGAGCCAUAAACAAAUUAAAUGUGCCCAUGACAUCCAACAGGAGCAAAAGAACAAAAUACAAACACUCAGGUUGACUGUGGAAGAGACUGAGGAGGCCUUGAGACAGGAACAAACCAGAGUACAGGUGCUUCAACAAGAACUUGAACAAAAGAUAGCUCUGAGCCACCACAAGGACAAAGAGGACGAUGAAAAAAGAAUGUCUCAACAUGUGCCAUCUGAACAACAGAGGACAGAGGUCAUGGCCCUCAAGGGUCAAGUGGAGCAGGAGAGAGUGACAUGCAGCAACCUUAGACGUGAGCUUCAGAUUGAACAGUCCCGGAGUGUUCUGCUGGAGAAACGCCUUGAAGAUACCCAGAAGGAGCUGGAGAGUGAAUUGCAACGUUCUGCACACCAGCAGGAGCUCAACUUGCGAGAGAAAAAUUGCCUUCAACGUCUCCUGGCAGAGGCAGAAUCCCGUAUAGCUGAGGUUCACUCUAAACUUGCAGAUGCUCACCGGAAGAUGGAUGAAGAGCAAGACCGCCACUCCAGACAACUAGAGGAGCUUGGCCACAGACAUGAGGCCGAUGCCGCAAGGGACAGGAAGUUCAUCUCUGAUAUGCGUGCCCAGUUAGAGCAGGAGCGAAGGCAGGGCGAGGAGCUAACUGGUGUGAUGGACAAGCUGAGGGCGGAGCUGCUGCAGAGCAAAAGGAAGUGGGAAGAGGAGGAUUGGAAGAGGAGGGAUGAGUUGCAGAGGGAGCAUGAGGCGGCAGCCCGACAGCGUGUUGUCAUGGAGACGCUGAAGGACCAGAAAGAGGAGGUGGAUCGAGCUUUAGAGGCAGAAAAAGUGCGGUCCAAACGCCAAGGGGCGGAACUGUCUGAGCUGAAGGAGAGUCUCCGACUGCUGAAGGACAAGGAGAGAGAGAGGGAGGAGCAGUGGGAGACAGAGAGGAGGAAGGGGAGGCAGGAACAGGUGGAGAGGGACAGACGACACCAGAGGACCAACAAGAAACUGUGUGAGUUGGAGAUGUUAAGGCAGCAGGACCAGCAGCGGAUGCAGGAGCUGCAGAGGACUCUGGCAGAGCUGGAACAAGAGGAGAGAAAGAUGGCUGCCCAGAGGUUGUGUGGACGCGCCGUACAGCAGCAUAAGACACCAUCAUUACAACAUCAGAGUUAUGUCCAGACUGAUGGUGCUCAGGCUGGCACCACAGAACAAAUCCAGCUGAUUCCGUUCAUGUCAGCAUCAUCUGCACUCCUAGAGAAGUUGUUAAAGGAGAACUCAGACCUAACGGAGCAGGUAACGUCACUGAGUCAGGAGAGAUCCAGCCUCAAACACAGACUCACGUGGUUGGAACAACAGCUGCAACGCACUGAGGGUGAACUCGCCAAGGUCACAGCAGAAACCGAAAACAGACCUGUCAAUGACAUCAGCAGCCACAACAAGUUUCAGCGUUUGUAUGAGCGCUACCUACGUGCUGAGAGCUUCAGGAAAGCCCUAGUGUACCAGAAACGGUAUCUGCUGUUACUGAUAGGAGGAUUCCAGGAAUGUGAGCACGUCACUCUGAGUCUCAUUGCUCGUAUGGGGGCUCAGCCAUCACCCCCCCUCUGCCCUCAGCACAGACCCCUCAGACGAUUCCGAGCUGCUGCACGUGUGGUUAUUGCCAUCUCAAGGAUGAGGUUUUUGACAAGAAAAUGGCAGAAAGCCAUUAGACGAUUGUCUUACUCUGGAACUGUCAAUGGACAUGCUCCAGGAUGUAAAGCUGACAUUUUAAGGCAACAACUGCCAAUCUCUGACUCCCUGCCAAACAGAGAUGUGGUCUCAGUUGGUGUUCCAGCUAAAUCACCUCUCAGAUUGCACAACAGAUCAUACUCCAGUUCCUCUGGGUUUACCGGAGGAACAUCUCAAGACCCAGAGCGAUCCUUGACAGAGUAUAUCCACCAUCUAGAGAAAGUCCAACAGCGGCUAGUGAGAGCCAAACCAGGUCCGUCUGUUCUCCAGUCUGACCCCAAGAAGUCCGAGCACUGAAAGAAUGACUGUCUGUGGAUUUGUCAAUAAUAGACCACGCCUUACACCAGAGUUGACAUUUCUGGAAGGGAAUAUCAUAUAUUGGUAUUUUGAAGACAUUUGCUUUUAUAAGAAAAUAAAUUAUUUUUAAAGAUUUUAUAUUUUUUCUAAUUACCUCAAUGUUUGUGUCUUGGAAACAAAUGUAUAUCAUUUUAAGUGUUUGCCACUAAAUGUUUAAAUGUUUGCUAUUUUUCUACCUUUGUACCUUAGAGCUGAUGUUCAUUGUACAUGUCCAAAUCUGUGUCAGUUUUAUACUGGAAGGUAUGAUCAGCUUAACUAGUUAAUGCAUUACUGCAUAAAGGUGAACCAUAUUUGUUUUCCCAUAUGUAUGUUUCUACCGUAAUAUCAAUAAAUAUUUAAAAAGUUUGACCACAAA